AUGGUUUUGACAGAAAAAGAAAUUACGAGGCUCAAUAGGGUUCGAAAGACAGUGAUGCAAAUGCUGAAAGAUCGAGACUAUCUAAUUGUGGAUCAUGAUCUCAACAGGACAAUGUCACAGUUUAAAAACAAACAUGGAGAGAAAAUGAAAAGGGAGGACCUUACUAUCAAUAGAAGGAAGAGGGGUGACGAGUCUGAUCAGAUUUAUGUGUUUUUUCCUGACGAACCAAAAGUUGGGGUCACGACAAUGAAGAGUUACAUCACACGCAUGACUCAGGAGAAUGUGAUUAGAGCAAUCUUAGUUGCUCUACAAAAUCUGACUCCUUUUGCAAAGACCUCCAUUAGUGAAACGGGUUCAAAGUACCACUUCAAGAUUUGA